AUGAGAAGAGGCGGUGGUAAUGAUAAGCGAUUUUUGAGACGAUCUUUUAAUAGAUCAUAUUAUUAUAAGAAAAAUGAAAAAGAAAAAGUAGAAGAAAUUAAUAACAGAAAAAGCAAAAAUUUUGAAAGAGAAGAGGAAGAAGAUGAAGGGGAUGAAGAAGAAGAUGGAGAAGAAAAAGAAGGUGAAGAUGAAUAUAAUUCAGAGGAGGAAGAAAAAAAUAGAAAAAAAAAAAUAAAGAAAAUAAAAAAUAAAGAAAAAAAAGAAUUAUUUGAUGAAGAAAGAGAUGCAUUAAAAAGUAUAGAAGAAAGUAAUGAAAAAAAUCAAGAUAAAAAUAAUAUAAUUUGCCCAUUAUGUGUAGAAGUGCUAGAUGAAACAGACAGAAAUUUUUUUCCAUGUGAUUGUGGUUAUCAAAUAUGUUUAUGGUGUUUAUAUUAUAUAAGGGAUCAUAUGAGUAACAAAUGUCCAGCAUGUAGAAGAAGUUAUAACGAAAAAAAGUUUAUCUAUAAUAGAGAAACCCAUGAAAAAUUAUUUAAAAAGCAAAAGAAUCAACAUAAAAAUAAGAAUGAAAAUACAAAUUUAAGUAAAUGUGAUUUGUAUAAAAAUGCCAAUAUAUAUAAUAUUCAUGAAUAUGAUAAUUUAUUAGAAAUAAUUAAAGGGAUACGAGUAGUUCAGAGAAAUCUUGUUUUUGUUAUUGGUAUUACAUCUGCAUUUGCUAAAAAAGCUAUUUUAAAAAAAAGUGAAUAUUUCGGUAAAUAUGGAAAAAUAUUAAAUAUUAUAAUAAAUAAAUCACAAGCAUAUAAUCCUAAUUAUAAUGGUCCAUCUUUUAGUGCUUAUAUAACUUAUAGCAAUGAAAAAGAGGCAAUUAAUGCUAUUUAUUUUAUUGACGGUAUGACAUUAGAUAAUAAGAUAUUAAAAGCUUCCUUUGGUACUACUAAAUAUUGCUCUUCUUUUUUAAAAAAUUCUUCUUGUAGUAAUGAAGAAUGUUUUUAUUUACAUGAACUUGGUAACGUAGUAGAUAGUUUUUCAAAAGAUGAUAUACAUGGUCCAAAGCAUUUAUACCAUGAUCUUUUAUAUUUUUAUUUUAAAAAGUUACCAGAAAAGAAGAAUGAACAAAACUAUGAUUCUUCUAAUAACUUAACUAAAUAUAACAAAAAAAUUCUAGAUCCAAAUAAAACUUCAAAAAAUAGUGGAGUUGAUAUUAAAAAAAAAAUUGAUAGUAAUGAAGAAUUAAUAAAUAAUAAGAAAGCUAUUUCUAAUAAUCCAGAAAAUAAAAUGAUGUAUAAAAUUUACAAUGAAUGGAAAAAAAAAAGUAUAGAAAGCAGUAAAGAUGCGGGUGGUAAAAUUGUAGAGGAAAUGAAAAAAGAAAAAAAAAUGAAUGAGAUAAAUAAUAAAAAAGAAAGUAUUUUAGAAGAAAAAAAGAAAAAAUGGAAUUCAGAAGAAAAAGUUAAUAUAAAAAGUGGCAUGAAUGAAGAACUGGAAGAAGAAAAUAUUAAUAAAAACAAAAAAAAAAAAAAAAAAAAUAAAAGUGAAGAGAUGUUGAAUUGUGAUAUAAUAAAAGAUAAUAAUAAUAGUUCUUAUAAUUAUUGUAAAGAGAAAAACUACUUAAGUUCUCUUCAAAAUAUUUCAUACAUUAAGGAAAAUGAUAAUAGUAAAAAUGAAGAAAAAGGAAUUAACAAAAAAAAUAAUAACAGUGAGAUAGAAGAUACAUAUUACUUAGACGAAAUUUCUGAGAACUAUCCACUAAUAAACGAUGUUAGAUUUGAAAAAGAAAGAAGAAAAAAAAUAAAGAAAAAAUUAGAACAAAAUAAAGGAGAAUAUGUGAAUAUGAAAGAAAAAGAUAAAUUUAAAGAAAAAAACAAAAAUUAUCAGCAAAGUAGGGAGAACAAAGAACAAAAGGAAAUAAAAAAACAAAAGAGAAAAAAUAUAUAUGAUAAUCCUAUAGAUAAUAAUAAAGAUACCAAUCAAAUAGAACUACAUCAUAAAAUUACUGGUACAACAAAAGAACGGGGGAAAAGUAAUGAACUACAAGAUAAUGAUAUUAAAAAAAUGUAUUAUAGAAUAGAUAACUAUUUCGAUGAAUUGUUAGAUAAAAAUAAAAAGAGAGAACAAACAAAAACUUCCAUAGAGAAUAUACUUAAUGAAAAAAAGAAAAUUGUAGGCAUAGAUAAAAAAGAUAUAUAUUGUACAGAAUAUAAUGAUGAUAUAGAAAAAUCAAAAAAAAGGGAAGUCACAAAUUUGAGAGAAGAUAAUUCUGAAUAUAAAAAAAUUAAAGAAUGUGAAGAAAAAGAAAAAAAAAAUGGAAAAUUAAAAGAAAAUAAGGAAAAAGAAGAAAAAAAUAAAAUAGAUCAAAAAGAAAUCGAAAAAAUAGAAGAAAAUGAAACAGAGAAUAGAAGUAAUGUAAAAGAAAAAAAAGAAGAUAAUGUAGGAUUUUAUGAAAAAAAUAUUUACAGAGAUAAAUACAGAAAAGGAAAAUAUAAUGAUUAUGAAAAAUCUGAAAAAAUAAAAAAAGGAGUUGAAAUAGAAGGUGAUAAAGAAGAUGAAGGUGAUGAUGAAUAUGAAGAUGAUGAGGAAGAAUUUGAAGGUAAUGAAGAAGGAAUUAAGGAAGAAUAUGAGGAAGAUGAAGGUGAAGAAGAGGAAGAAGAGGAAGAAGAGGAAGAAGAAGAAGAAGAGGAAGGAGAGGAAGAAGAAGAAGAAGAGGAAGAAGAAGAGGAAGAGAUAGAAGAAGAUGAAGAAGAGGAAGAGGAAGAGGAAGAGGAAGAGGAAGAAGAAGAAGAAGAGGAAGAGGAAGAGAUAGAAGAAGAUGAAGAAGAAGAAGAGGAAGAGGUAGAAGAAGAAGAGGAAGAAGAAGAUGAAGAAGAAGAAGAGGAAGAAGAAGAUGAAGAAGAAGAAGAGGAAGAAGAAGAAGAAGAAGAAGAAGAGGAAGAGGAAGAAGAGGAAGAAGAAGAGGAAGAAGAAGAGGAAGAGGAAGAGGAAGAAGAAGAAGAAGAGGAAGAGGAAGAAGGUGAGGAAGAGGAAGAGGAAGAGGAAGAGGAAGGUGAGGAAGAAGAAUAUAUAAAUGUAGAACUAAAGGAAGAAGAAAAAAAAAAGGAUAAACAAAACAAGAAAAAACAAAAAUAUAAUGAUAAUCUAGACGAUGAGGAAAUUCAGAAGAUGACAAAUAUUGAAAAUAUAAUAAAAAUGAAAAAUAACGCAAGUAUAACUAGUCAUGACGUAAUUGGGGAAUACAUAAAAAAAAUAAAUAAUAAUGAAAAAAAAGAAAAUGCAGAAUUUGAUACUUAUGACAAUAUUGUAAAUAAUUAUUUUAAUGAAAGUGAAUGCUUAGAAAGUAUGGAUGAAAAAAAUAUCUACAUAGAGAAUAGUAAAAAAACAACAAAAAAAAAUGAAAUAAUUAAUGGAGAAUUUUUGGAAAAAAAAAAUAAAAAUGAAAUAAAAAAAAUAAAAACGAAAUUAGAUAAUGAGGAUUCAAAUAUAAAAGAAAUUAUAAACAUGGAAGAAAACAAAAUGGUUCUAAGCAAUAAAGAAAAAAAGAAAAAGAAGAAAAAAAAUACUUUUAAAAAAAUUUUGUAUCAUGAAGAAAUAGAAAACGAUGUUAUGAAUAUAAUAAGAGAUAUGAUGAUGUAUCAAGUUAAAUUGAAGAGCAAAAAAAAUAGUAAUAAAAGGAAUUGUGAAAAAAUUGCUUUAUUCAAUGAUUUAGAAAUUUUUAUUAGGAAUUUAUGUAUAGCUAAAAGUAAAUCCAUUCAAAAUAAUCCUGUAGACGAAGGCACAGUGUAUUUAAUAGAAGAUAUAAUAAGCAAAAAAGAUAAAUCUGCCAAAAAAAAUGAUUAUUUAUUAUAUUCUAAUGAUGAAAACGUAUUUUUAAAGUCUUACAAAGGAAUUAUAGAAUAUAUAUUAAAGAGAAAUAGUAGUUUUAAAAUUAAGAAAAAUUUUAAUGAACACACAUUUGAUGCAUAUAAAGAAUUAAUUCUAUCUAAAGAUGAUAAUAUGAUUACUGAUCAAAAUAAUUUAUUUGAUAAAAUUUUUAAUGAGCAAAUAAAUUUUGUUCAACAACUAUGUAAAUCGGAUUAUAAUAUUAGUUCAUCAGAUAUUCAUUCAAGUAAAAAAAAAUCUAUAUAUAAUUUUUAUGAAGACAAUAAUUUAAAAGAUAAAGAAAAAUCUUUAUUAAAGAGUAUACCUAAUUUAUGGGUUAAUUUCAAUAACUCUUUUAACUCUGAAGAAGUAAAUGAUAAAGUUAAUUUAAGUGCCUAA